CAGCAGGGGGCGCUACUGAGUCCAUUGGGAAGACGGGAGGCUGAGCAGAGCAUGGAACAGCUCUUGCCAGUCUGAUGACAGGUGUUUCUAGUGAUCCAGCGAUCUGUUACCCGAACUCAUUUCACAAUGAGCGGCCAACAGGUCUUUUCCAGGUCUCUUCAGAAGAGAGCGAACCAGUGGCAAACGUAGAUUUCCUGCGCCACUGAGAACAGUUUCAGCCACAUCCACAAAGACCCUUAAUGUACAGUUUUAUUUGCUCCCAAAACCCGUUAGCAGAACUCCACAAGGGAUUCAGGAGCUCAGGCUGUUGAUGGCAGGCCUAGGUAAACGCCUUAUAGCAUUGCCUGAACAGAGCAACCAUGCAGAGAUUUCAACAUUUCUUUCGGCUGAAUACCCGAAACUGGAGACUUUGACUGGUGGAUGGCUAAUUUAUAAAGCAUCGGGAGGAAGUGGCCAGAGAAAACUUUCUGUGAUCCCACCCGAGUCCGAAGGCUACACAGCAAAAAUGCUAAAGGGCAUUUCAAAUAAUGGAAAACACACGCUUUUCGUUAUUCCACUUCAAGAGGAACUAGACACCACGCCUCUUCCCGCUGAUGCCCCUGAGUUCAGCAAAAUGCCUACAUCUCAAUGCAGGACCUGUGGAGAAACGUUACCCCUACAGUUUCUUGCUCUACAUGUUGAGUCUUGUAGCAAGUCUGCAGAAGAUACUGAACAAGAAAUUGAUGAAGAUUCAGAUGAAAAGCAAGACCAUGAUGAUCAAGACAAUACUUCCCCAGUCGCGAGUGAGAAAGAGUGUCCCAUAUGCCAAGUAGUGUACCCUGCUGACAUCAUCGAGAUGCAUGCCAGUGCCUGCGUUGAGAGGACAUCAACUCUGGAAGGGCUUUCGUAUGGUGGCGCCGGAGUGGAUGUAGAGGCAUUGGAAGAACCAUCUGCCACAUCUUCACAGAUGACACCAUGGCAAAAUCAGCCAACAAGUUCUGCCGGACCCUCUAGACCUGCCAACACAACUGAAGAUUGGAAAACUAUACCAGACCCAGCCAGGGCUGCUCGGUUGUACAGAGAAACAAUGCUGGACAUUCAUGCAUCAGGGAAGCCGCUGCGUUUGCAUGUUAACCUGGGAGACAGCAUCUCAGACCAAGAAAUGGCUUUCAUUGCAUUUUACAAGGCACGCAAUGUAGAGUGGGCAAAUCCUAUGCAAUGCAGACUUGAAGGUGAUCCUGCAAUCGGAGAGGGAGUGAACCGCUACUGGUUUUCCAGAGUGAUGCAGAAGCUGAAAGAGGGUUUUAACUUGAACUUUGGAAAUUGCUGUGUCACAAGGCUGUUCGAUGGAGAGCCAGACCACCUUGUGCCUUCAUCGUCUGCAUUCUUGGUUGAGAGUGACCUUUUUCUGAUGGUGGGCAGAAUCAUUGGCCAUUGCUUCCUGCAUGGAGGUCCUGCACUGACAGGCCUAAGCCCAGCUGUUGUUCAUAUCCUGUGUGGAGGCACAGCUGAAACUGCCACCAUUAGCAUCCGUGACUGUCCAGACAUGGAUCUAAGGGAGAAAAUCCAGAUACUCGAAGGGAACUCCGAACUCUCAGCUGCUGAGAAGGAGAGUGUGAACACCUUGUGUCUGGCAUGGGACCUUCCUGUGAUGUCUAACGACAAGCGGCGAUGGCUCUUUGAGAGACUUCUUUAUCAUGCGGUAAUUGGACGAGCCAUGAGGCAAAUCAGAAAAGGACUCAAAGACACUAUGCUGUGGCCCCUCAUUAAUCAACGUCCAGAUGCAGCUCCAAUUCUUUUUCCACAGGAGUCAAGUGCUGUGUUGACCCCAGAGAGCAUUCUUGACCGCAUCAACUGGCCGACCAUGAUUGACGUUGGUGAUGAUGAUGAUGAAUGCUCUUUGGAAGAUAAGAGCCGUGUCACAGGAUACCUUCGUCGCUUCAUUCAAGAUGCAUCCAGUGAUGAGUUGAAGGAACUUGUAAAGUUCUGGGUUGGAUGGGAGGCUCCUUCCAGUACCCUCACAGUGGAGGUGAUUAACGGUGGCCUACCAAAGUCAUCCACAUGCUUUGAAACAAUCCGUAUUCCUGCCCACUACCAAGACUACCCAACAUUCAAGAAAGAGUUGAUGGCGUGUCUCAGCACAAAUGACACUGGAUUUGGGCUGGUGUAAAUGUUGUUAGCAAAAUGUGUGACUGUUAUACCACAGCUUGUACCUAAAGCUAUAGUCAACUGUUCAAUGUUCUUGUUUGCUCAGUUCAGAUAAUUUUACCUUACUCAACAUGUCUGUUGCAAGUGUAUUGUGCUUUUACUGUAAGCCUAGAAGGUGUUGGACAUACUGGACAGUAGCUAAAUAAAUGUCUGAGCCAUGUGAUUGGGACUGUGCCAGGGGAUUUAUGGCUGCCCCCAGUGCUGCCUCUUGUUGAUGGCUCAACAAAUGGCCUGUCUCAGGAACAGUGACCCCAUGGUGUGGAUCAUCAGGCAGGCCACUGUCCUCCCAGUCAAGAUGAGGGAGGUAUAAUUCCUAAAAGAAAGAUACCAGAAUGUGAUACAUGAAAACCAGUUGCAGAUUUAAACUAAAACAAAUAGUUAAAAAAUAACUUAAAUGUCCAAAUGUGAAAUAUAUAUACUCACUAGUAAGACAUGAGCAUGCAAAAUAUUCUUGUGUGCAGGAGUUUUGUUUGUUUGUUAGAGCAAGGGUGUACUGUAACAAUUUUCAGGUUAUGCCCGAACAAGUUGAUUUUCAUUGUGGACGACAAAUAAAAAGAUUUUUGCCCUAGGGACCCAGA